CGAAGGAGAACUAUGAGGAAUUAAUGGAGCAACUUCAGAGAGAGGCCUUUGUUGCUCUUGUGAAGAGAGAGCAAGAGGCAGCAGCGAGAGAACGUGAAAAAGAAGAGAAGGAGCGAAAGCAGAAACAGGAGGAGCAGAAACAGCGCACCCGGAUGUUGGAAGCAGCCUUCGAUGGGGAUGUGGAUGAGAUGAAAGCAUUGUUAAAGGAGGUUUCUGAUCUGGACUUCAAAAAUGGAAUCCGAAAUGAUGAGAUGGGGAAAGUGAUUCAGCGACGGCACCAGUUAGCACUGGCAGAUUGUACUGACGCACAUGGCAACACACCUCUGUCAGAGGCUUCCGGUGGGGGGCAUCCUGAGGCCAUUCGGUUCUUGAUUGAAAAAGGAGCUAAUCCCAACUCAAAGGGUGCUUAUGGAAGAACCCCCCUGUACAGAGCAGCCUUUGGUGGGCAUCUGGCAGCACUUGAAAUGUUGUUACAAUAUGGGGGGGACCCUCGGAUCUACGCAGAAGAUGGCAUCACACCUGAGGAGAUAGCAUCCACUGAUGCUGCCAUAAAAAUCCUUCAUGAGUGGGACAUCAGUACGACUGUGGCGCUGGGGGAGAAGAUGGAAUCAGAGAGGCAGCGGAUAUUAGCAGCUGAGAAGAAACUGAAACUGGAAGAAACAAACAGGAUUCAGAAUCAGAUUUCAGAAAUCACAAAGGAACUGGCCCAAUAUCAACAUGAGCUGCACAAAGCCUACUGUGAGCUUAACAAACGCAUUAAUGAACAUGACAAGUGUGUUUCUAAAAACAUGAGUAAAACAGACAUCACACUGCAGGCUAUUCGUGAUGCAGAGGAACUGUUGGCAGAAAAGAGAGCAGCAGUAUCAAGGACAGAAGAGAAACUCUCCUUGGCCAAGCUGGAGCUGAGAGAGAAACUGCAGAGAGAAGCGUCCUUGACCAAGCCUAUAGGGGCCCUGUGUAACAUUCGUGAGCUGGAUGAUGUGCUCCUGAAGGAUGUUGGGAACAAGAUCAAACAAGAUGGCAGGUGGCCUCUCGUUAUUGACCCAUCAGGCCAAGCCAGCAUCUUCCUGCGAUACCGGGACACCAACUUUUACGACGCUCUCAAUCCUGGGCACAUGCAGCCCCAGGUUCUCCGACUCGGCCUCCUUGGAGCCAUAAGGUACGGGAAGAUGCUUGUGAUCGACAUGAUGGAGGUGAAUAUGUUUGAAGCAGUGAGCAGGAUAUUUAAUCAGAUCGAAGCAGGCCUGAUGGAGAAGCUACUGAAUAAGGAAUUACUCCAAAAGGACAGGUUUCUAUCGUUGAUUAGACCUGGAGAUGGGCCAGAAUAUUCCCGCAAUGAAUUCUCUCCAACAAGGACAGAAAAAUUCCAACUGGUCUUUAUCACCAAAAUGCAGAACCCCCCAGAAGAGCAGCUCACCAUCUUCUAUCCAAUUCAAAUUGUCAUUAAAUAGCCAAUUCAGCAAUUCAAUACCAUUGAAAGAGCCUGCAGCUGAUCAGGACCCUUCUCUGUUGACUGUCCUGGUAACCAAAGUGUUUCUCCAAGAAUAAAGUCAAAGGAUAAAAGCAUAUUCCAGCAAUCUUUAGGAAGGGAACUAG